AUGGGCGGGAGUGUUCAAGAUCUACUCCACGAGGAAUUCCGGAGCGACCCGAAGUUCGCCACGGACACUCAAUCACCCACUGGAGUUGUAGCCAGCUAUAAUCGCACUACAUGUUAUUAUUUCAGGAGGAGAUAUAGGUUGGCAAACCUAGAGUCUCUUCCCGAAGAUUUGUUAUUGGACAUCCUUGUUCGCCUCCCCGCUCAUGUUAUUCGAGACUCUGUUGGUCUUGUUUGCCCCAAGUGGUACCAUUUGACCCGUACACGUGACUUCAUCGACUCCCACUUUCAGCGUGCAACCUCCGGGCUCCUCUUGCACUCUAUGAUGUUCCCUAAAGAACUGAUUUUUAUCUCCAUGAAUGAGGGCCGGGUCGAGAAAAUCAGGCCCCGCAAUGAAUAUGGCUGCAGGAUUUGGUCCAGCUGUAAUGGUCUUGUUUUUGGUAACUCAUGGAAUAGUAGGUCUAAAUUGUGCAUCCUCAAUCCUGCAACCAAGCAACACUAUGACCUCCCUCCUUUUUUCAACAAAUUUUUUGUCAAGUUUUAUUCUUGUUUAGCGUAUGUGGCGGCCUCUAAGGAGUACAAAGUGGUCUUAUGUCAUCACGCGGGAGAAAAUGGUGGUGUACCGACUUAUGACUGCGCCAUAUUAACUGUUGGGGUCGAUACCUCUUGGAGGCACUUGCACACCCAACACUUGUCUGAAACGAGCAGGACACUGCUAUGCAACAGAAUUCCAUUGACGACCGAAGGUUUUGUGCAUUGGGUCACAAAUAGGUUUGCUAUUAUUUUGACUCUGAAUGUGGAGACUGAAAUUAUAUCCGAGUCGCGGGUACCACUUCCUCGAGCUCAUAGAGGGAAGAGAAAGUUUUAUCUCUCGACAGGAAGGUAUCUAACUGUAUUGGUCGCCCUUGGGAAUUUCUCGUGGGAUGUUUGGCAGAUGGAAUCAGGAACUGGGGAGUGGCUCAAGGUAAUCAGCAUUGAUUUGGAGGAUGAAAAGUGGAGGUUCGACCGGUUCCUACGAGAUCGCGAUGAAAAACUCAUUUUGGAUGAAGGGAUGUUGUUUCUGCCUGUCGGUUGGCUAGAAUACCCAGAUGUGAUCGUCUUUCAUCCUCCGCCCACAAAUUGCAGUUCCAUCGUGUACAAGGUUCGUACGCGGGAAACCUAUUCUGUCGAGUUAUCGACAUUGGGUGGAUAUUAUAUCUCUAGAUUCCACAAGAGUAGUCUGUUGUCGGUCGGCUGA